GGCGAGUUUGUAUUACAAGGACACACAAUUUGUGAUACAAGCACUGAGCACAGCAAAUACAAGCAUGCUCGUGCUGACAACACAGCCUUAGUUUAUCCGAUCGGUUUCGUGUUCAGUAGAAAAAGCUUUGUUUUUUCGGGCAGCUCAUACGGUCAGCCGUAGACGACUAGCGUUAAGAUAGCCGCACUCGUCUGAAAAAGGACGGGUUUGUCAGCUGAUAAAAACUCAUGACGGCAGAUAAAGCCGAGCGCACUCGGUCGUGUGCGUGCCACCAUGAGGUCUUCGACGAAUACUUGUUGAAGGCGCGCUUCAAAACGUCCGCUUCGAAAUGAAGCGUGCCCCUACAAUCGGGCAAGCGUAUCACGUGCAGUGCUCCGUAGGCAGCUGCGUCACGUUGCUACUGCUCAUUCUAGAUGUCUCGCGGGCGUCCGGUGCCACGGUGCCAAUGCGAGUCGUGAAGCAAGCGAGCGGCUUUGACGGCGCCUUCGCAGUGCAUGGUCAACAGCAUCGGCAGCAAGCCGGCCGCGCGACACCACGACCCUUCGCGGGGCCCGAGCACCUGAGAUCCUUGCUGGGUCGGUGCUUCGGUCGCACGGCUGCUGGGUACCGUUACACUCUGUGUCCAUUCGACAACGUCACGCAAGCCGAGGAGAGUGCCCGGUGGAACGCCUACAGUGGUGUGUUGGGUGUCUGGCAAGGAUGGUCAGCCACGAACGCAAGCCUCAGCAGCAUGCACUACGGCGAUGGCGACAGCUGCGGGACGCUCAACCGCUCUGUGGAGGUGCAGCUCACCUGUGGUCACCCUCGCACAUCUCUGGUAAACGUAAGCGAGCCGGAGCGUUGCUGUUACGCCAUGGAGCUGAGCACCCCGCUGGUGUGCCACCCGCACGCCCUGCUUGUGUGGCCCACACUUUCCGACACACACAGGCAGCGGUGGAGCCUGGCAGACAGUCGGCUGUACUCCGAGGAAACCACGCCAAGGGGCCACGCUGCCGAGUUGGCGCAGAUCCUGUGGGAGUCCGGCCUCGGCAAAGCACCGCCUGCACCGGCAGCGCGGCCCGCCUUUGCCAGCCUGGCCGCCCAGUGUCACAAGGUGAGUUCUAGAGUUUGUUCUUGGUGGUCUCGAAUGUUUGCGGCGCUGAGCUGGCCUUUCACUGCAGGCUUAUGAGGAACUGGCCUAGGAGUGCAUGAAGGGCUGGUGCAGGACUUCGUGAAGUCGGCGAGCCUGAAAACAAGAUACGAGACCAUGAGUCAGCGAGAACAAAGCCGAUGGUCAUUACAGCUGCUGCAAUUACUACAGGAUCUCAUGCCUUAGCUGUUUGCGGAUUGGCUGAAAUUGGCUAAAACUUUAUUGCAAAUGUAUAGUACAGUCCGUUGUUAAAGGGAACACCCAACAAGUAAUGAGUGUAGUGCACUUGAACUUUGAUACAAGAGAACUUUUAGCAGUAGUAAAGUGGCAGGACGUCUAAACAUGACGAAUAACAGUAGCCCUGAUUAAGGCUAUUCCUCUAAUUGAAACAUUGGUUUUCGCAACAUUCCUUGUCUAACCCCCGUAUUCUAGAACGCCCCUUCACUCAACGCUCCACCUUCACACGAGAAAGCCGAUGGGAGCGCCAUCUCUAGGCAGGGCAAGUCACUGCAUAUCAGUGAUAAUUUGCUGCUAUUCUUGAGUAGCGCAGCGUCAUUUUCGGCUGAGCAGCGGCGCAGUGCUCAACUCUGCCAAGUGAAGGGUGAAAGUCGAGUCGAGGAACGUUCGUGAAUACAGGGGUAAGUGAUCAUCCUCUUAGGCUUACAAUUCCCUUUGGCUCUUAUUUUUUUUCCAAUAAGACAAGGGUAUUUCUAGUCAGGUGCACCAAUCUUAUUUUAAGGUUUCAUUGAAAUUUGCUAUGUUUCGUCUAGUCAACUGGAAAUAAAGACAAAGAUGUUUGUUUGAAGGCAUUAAGUCGUAUCUCAGCCACAAUCAGUGGCACAUUGCACAGACCUGUUCCCUUUCACAGUGGACUGCGCUGCACACUCACUUUCUCUAUACAUUGUGCAUGCCGGGCUAGGCAGGCUGUGGUACUGCUUGGGUGCAGCUGAGACGUGCAAUACUGCUUAAUUAUAAUUAUUCCAGAGGAGAGUAUACCAAAGUCGUCGCUUCAACAGGCAAGGUCUUUGCGUGUCAUUGCAAUGUGCAACUAGUCGUAGUCCUGCACUUUCCAUACGUCACGUAAACAAACUGCCAGUGUUUUGCAUAAGGGCUCAAAAGUUUUUGUCACAUUGCGCCAUCGGCCAACGGUCACGAAGUCAUUUUUUCAAUAAAAUGUACUGUUCACAAA